AUGGAUGAAGUUCAGAAGCUAGAACACCUUUCAUUGGUGUCUAAAAUUUGUACAGAACUCGAGAAUCAUUUAGGUUUAAAUGACAAAGACUUAGCGGAAUUCAUCAUCGCCCUCUCAGUGAAAAAUAACACACUUGAGUCUUUCAAGAAAGUUCUAGACGAAAAUGGAGCAGAGUUUUCUGACUCAUUUGUCAGCAACCUUCUUCGUAUUAUUCAACACAUGAAACCAGCCUCUUCCUCCUCGUCACUGCCCUCUAAUUUUGAGCCUGCCACCAAACAAGAUAAAUUGGCCAUGAAAUUUCCUGGCCUAGCUCUCCCUAAUGACCCUGAAUUUGAUGAGAAAUACAGUGCUGAUUCAAAGGAUAAAAAAGAAAAAAGCAAGAAAAAGAAAAAGGCCAAAGACAAAGACUCGGACUCUAAGGCUGAUAUCAAACCUACUGUGAAGAAUGAAACUAAAGUUGACGUCAUUGAUGAUGCCAUGGCUGCUUUGGAGGCCCUGGCUCCAUCAGCGGGGCCCUCUCAGAUGAAGUCAGAGCCUAGCAAGGAGGAAGCAACAAAAACCAAGCAACGAGAUUUAGACAAACGGAGAGAUAGAAGUCGAAGCCAAGAUAGGAGUAGAGACACAGAGAGGAGACAUCGUAGCAAAAGUAGAGAAAAACGUCCAAGAAGUCGAGAUAGAGAAAGAAGGCGAAGCAGAAGCAGAGAUGGUCGUAGAAGAAGCAGAAGUCGCGAUGGCAGGAGGAGAAGUCGCAGCAGAGAUCGCCGAGAGAGAGAUCGCAGAAGUAGAAGUAGAGAUAGAAAGAGGGAUCGUAGCAGGAGUCGGGACAGAAAACGGGACAGAAGUGGUGACAGACAUCAUAGAGAUCGAGAUAGGCGAAGAGGAUCCAUUGAUGAGGUUCCUGAUGAAGAUCUGGCCAAUGAACCAGAAUUAGGAAAGAUCUACACUGGGAAGGUAGCAAAUAUUGUACAAUUUGGUUGCUUUGUGCAAAUUGAAGGCCUACGUCGGCGAUGGGAAGGCUUAGUUCAUAUUUCUCAGUUGAGAAGGGAAGGAAGAGUAACGCAGGCACAAGACGUUGUUCAAAGAGGCCAAAAAGUGCGCGUGAAAGUGUUAUCAGUGGCUGGUCAAAAAGUCUCUCUUUCUAUGAAGGAUGUAGACCAAGAUACAGGAGAAGAUCUCAACCCUGCCAUAGCUAAACCUGCAAAUAGAGUUGACUCAGAGCAAGCCCAUAGAAAUCCAGACAGGCCAACAUCCCUCCUAGACCUGCAAGGUGACCUGGAGGAUGAUGACAAUCACAGCAGAAAAAGAGUGAAUAGGAUUUCAUCACCAGAGAAAUGGGAAAUAAAACAGAUGUUGUCAGCAGCUUGCAUUGACAAAUCAGAGCUUCCCGACUUUGAUGACGAAACAGGACUUCUUCCUAAAGAGGAUGACGAAGAAGAGGACAUUGAAAUAGAAAUUGUAGAAGAUGAGCCUCCUUUCCUUCAAGGGCAUGGACGAAUGUUGCAUGAUCUCUCUCCAGUCAGAAUUGUCAAAAAUCCAGAUGGAUCUCUGGCUCAGGCUGCUAUGAUGCAAAGUGCACUUGCCAAGGAAAGACGUGAAGUUAAAAUGAUUCAGAGGGAACAAGAAAUGGAUUCUGUCCCUGCAGGAUUGAAUAAAAAUUGGAUUGAUCCUCUGCCUGAGGCGGAUGGAAGAGCUCUUGCUGCAAAUAUGAGGGGUAUAGGAAACACGGUGCAAGAUCUUCCAGAAUGGAAAAAGCAUGUUAUUGGAGGUCGAAAGAGCUCUUUUGGAAAGAAAACCAACAUGAGUCUUUUGGAGCAGCGUCAGAGUUUACCUAUUUACAAGCUGAAGGAUGAGCUUGCUAAGGCUGUGAAUGACAACCAAAUUUUGAUUGUUAUUGGAGAAACGGGCUCUGGGAAAACAACUCAAAUAACACAGUACUUGGCUGAAGCCGGUUUCACCUCCAGAGGUAAAAUUGGGUGCACUCAGCCUCGGCGAGUGGCUGCCAUGUCAGUAGCUAAGCGAGUGGCUGAAGAAUUUGGAUGUCGUCUUGGACAAGAAGUUGGGUACACUAUUCGUUUUGAAGAUUGCACCAGUCAAGAAACUGUUAUCAAAUACAUGACUGAUGGUAUGUUGUUAAGAGAGUGUUUGAUAGAUUUGGAUUUAAAGUACUACUCAGUUAUCAUGUUGGACGAAGCUCAUGAACGUACCAUACACACUGAUGUUCUUUUUGGGUUGUUGAAGCAAGCUGUCAAAAAACGGCCAGAAUUAAAACUGAUUGUCACGUCAGCUACUCUUGAUGCAGUGAAAUUUUCACAGUACUUCUUUGCUGCUCCAAUUUUUACUAUUCCUGGUCGUACUUUCCCAGUGGAAGUCCUCUAUACCAAAGAACCUGAAACAGAUUAUCUUGAUGCAUCUCUUAUCACUGUUAUGCAAAUCCACUUGCGAGAACCUCCAGGUGACAUUCUACUCUUCCUUACGGGACAAGAAGAAAUUGAUACGGCGUGUGAAAUACUUUUUGAAAGAAUGAAAAGUUUGGGCCCAGACGUUCCUGAACUUAUUAUUUUACCCGUCUACUCUGCCUUGCCUAGUGAAAUGCAGACUCGUAUUUUUGACCCAGCCCCUCCAGGUUCACGUAAAGUCGUUAUUGCAACUAAUAUUGCUGAGACGUCAUUGACAAUAGAUGGUAUUUACUAUGUGGUUGAUCCUGGUUUUGUAAAACAGAAAGUAUAUAAUUCAAAAACAGGCAUGGACUCACUUGUUGUGACACCUAUCUCACAGGCUCAGGCUAAACAGAGGGCGGGUCGAGCCGGCCGUACAGGUCCUGGUAAAUGCUACCGUCUGUAUACAGAACGUGCCUACAGAGAUGAGAUGUUACCGACCCCAGUACCUGAAAUCCAACGUACCAACCUCGCCACUACAGUUCUACAGCUCAAGACCAUGGGUAUCAAUGAUCUCCUUCAUUUUGAUUUCAUGGGCCCACCUGUAGAAUCACUCAUCAUGGCUCUAGAGCAGUUACACUCCCUUAGCGCUCUUGACAGUGAAGGUCUUCUGACAAGGCUUGGGAGAAGGAUGGCAGAGUUUCCUCUUGAGCCAAAUCUGUCCAAAAUGUUAAUUAUGUCAGUUCACCUUCAAUGUUCUGAUGAAGUCCUCACUAUAGUGUCAAUGCUGUCAGUUCAAAAUGUGUUUUACAGACCCAAGGACAAGCAGUCUUUGGCUGACCAGAAAAAGGCCAAAUUUAAUCAGGCCGAGGGUGACCACCUCACUCUUCUCUCUGUUUACAACUCUUGGAAAAACAACAAAUUUUCCAAUGCCUGGUGCUAUGAAAACUUUGUUCAAAUCCGUACUUUAAAGCGAGCUCAAGAUGUGCGAAAACAGCUUCUUGGAAUCAUGGACAGGCACAAACUUGAUGUUGUUUCUGCUGGAAAGAAUACAGUUAGAGUUCAGAAAACAGUGUGUUCAGGUUUCUUCCGUAACGCUGCCAAAAAAGAUCCUCAAGAAGGUUACCGUACCCUUGUUGACAGUCAAGUGGUAUACAUUCAUCCAUCUAGCGCUCUAUUUAACAGACAGCCGGAAUGGGUUGUGUACCAUGAAUUGGUACAAACAACUAAGGAGUAUAUGAGAGAAGUCACAACAAUUGAUCCGAAGUGGUUAGUUGAAUUUGCUCCAGCUUUCUUCAAGUUUUCAGACCCCACAAAACUCAGCAAGUUUAAGAAGAACCAGCGCUUGGAACCUUUGUAUAACAAAUAUGAAGAGCCCAACGCAUGGCGUAUCUCUAGAGUCAGGCGACGCAGAAACUAAUGGAACUGUAUCAAUUAUUAUUUUAUGGAAACUUUGACAUGGACAAUGUUUUUAUUUUCAUUUGUAAUAAAGUGUAAAUAUUUAUAGCUGUAA